AUUCUGUGGUGGGGUAUGUUUCAUGCCCAGACCUUUGCAUAUGCAGUCAGCUGAAAUAGAGGUGCCCUGGGGACUUUGACCCUUUCAGGAUUGACUGUGUACCUUUAAAAUUUUUAAACAAACAGCCACAUGAAACUCGUAGACCUUUAAUAGCUGUGUAUUUUAAAAGAGCAAUAUUAUCAUGUGCCUAACAGAGUUUGCAAGGUGGGGACCCUGCUGCAUUUAUUACACUGCACAAAGGCACUGGCUGUGCAAGUUGUGUUUCAGGUGACACUGUGACUUGAGUAGAUUUUAGGGGAAGCAUUCUCUGGAGGCUGUUAGCUACAGCAUAGCUGUCUUUCUGAGCCAUAACACAUUUCAUUUUACAUCAAAAAACCUGUGCGUGGAAGAGGAAAAGAAACAAAAUUAGGUGUAACGUUGGUGUGAAUGCUGCAUUUCAGUUGGGGAAAAAAGUGUAAAGGGAUUUUCUGUGUGUAUGAAAACAUCGGUGAGAUGGGGCCAGUGGUAGCUCCAAGAUCAAGUCCAAGUUUCAUUAGGCGAAUGACAGGCAUGAGCCUGGAGGAGCACAAGUGUAAGUGUUGGGACCCUGUCAUCUAAACUCUGUCUCCAGCUGACUUCUAGCCAGCCAAGCUCUACUGAUCCUGCACCAUGGAGGACUGUCUUCACACCUCCUCUGAAAACCUCUCCAAGCUGGUGAGCUGGGCCCACAGCCAUGGGACCAUCUGCAGCCUCAUCCCCAACCUCAAGCACCUGCUAUCUGAGGGGGCCCACGGCAAUCUGACUGCCAUGUGGGGCUGCAGUGCUGGCCAUGCCUACCACUGGCCCCUGGCCGCCACUUGCCGGGCUGGCUCCCAGGAACGUGUCUGCUUCCAGGACAGCCGCAGCUUCAACUCAGACAGCCCCAGCAUGUUGGGGGUGCCCUCUGAGGCACAGGCCAGCCCACUUGAGCGUUACCCAGGCCGGCCAGGGAAGGCCAAGCUGGAUUGCACCCGCACCCGUGACUCCUGUGACUUCUCCUACUGCAGUGAGCCCUCAGAGCUGGGCGAGCCGGUGGAGGAGUAUGAAGAUGAGGCCACUCUCUUCGACAUGGUCUGCGAGUCCUCCGUCACAGAUGAGGACAGUGACUUUGAGCCACACCUCCACCGCAUGUCAGGUGGCCCUCGGAAGCGGCCACCCGCUGGGCUCCCUGCUGCUGCCCAGGCCCAGCCAGCUGACGAGGGCAGUGGCGAGGUUCUCCUCAAGAAGAUCAAGCAGGAGCUGCCCGAGGACUACUACAUCGUGGCCAAUGCUGAGCUGACGGCUGGUGCCGACGGGCCGGCCCUCGCCCUCACCCAGAUGUCCAAGCCCAAAGCACCAGUGCAGGCUGGGCCCUCUGGCCUGGGCCCCACCAGGGCCCUACCGCUGCCUGCUGCUGGCCCCGAUCCUGACCCGCAGCACCUCUGUGCCUCCCCGCCUGGCCCGCCCCGGCUCCCUGCACAGAGACCUCCCCGAGGUGCCCUGGCUUCUCCAGCCCGUGGGGCAAGCAGUGGCCCCCCACCUGCCCUACAGGCACCAGCCACAAGCUCCAAUGCCACUGCCGUGGGGAAGGCCAUCAGUAUCCCACUGUCAGCCCUGCAGCUGCCUGGGCAGGAGGAGGCCCCAGCCACAGAAGAGACUCUGCUGCCUGCCCCACAGGCAGCCCCAGGGGGAAGUGAGGCAGCUGUGUCACCCUCGGUGAGUGCAGAGCCUGAGGUCAGCUCCAGCCAGCAGCAGCCCCCUGCUGCCCCUGCUGCCACCCCUGAAGCUGCAGUCCCAUCGAUGCCAGAACCAGCAAGAGCAGGGUGGGUCACACCAGUGGAGAUGAAAGACCAGGAUGAGAGAGCAGCAGAGCUCAGCAGGGAGCAGAACGAGAAGACCAUUCGCAGCACACAGACAGCUCUCCGCAAUUUCCGGGAGUUCCUCAUCUCCAAGUAUCCCUCUGAGACCCGAGAGAUCUACGUCAUCCCCUGCAAAGAGCUCGACGCCUACCUCGCUUCGUUCUUUGUGGAUGCCAGGCAGAAGGAUGGGUCUGAAUACGAGCCAAACAGUCUGGCCAACUAUCAGUGUGGGCUGGAGCGUUACCUGAAGGAGCACAGGUAUGGAUACAGUAUUACCAGGGAUAAGGAGUUCAAGAGGUCCCAAGAAGCCCUAAAACAAAAGCAGAUAGAGCUGAGGUGUAAAGGUAAAGGAAACAAGCCGCACAAGUCCAUGAAGCUCACCUUUGCUGACGAGCUUAUCCUGCGCAAAAGAGGCUUGUUGAGCCGGUACAAUCCCGAAGGGCUCUUGAACCUCGUCUGGCUAAACAACACUAAGGCAUUUGGACACUGCACAGGUUUUCAUGGGUCCACCCUCAAAUGGGGAGACAUCCGGCUGCGGGUGACAGAGACUGGGUUGGAGUACCUGGAGUGGAUGGGACCGGACAAUGGAGAUAUCAAUGCCAAGAGCAAGAGAGGUGGGACAGACUCUCGGGUGUAUGCCACACAGCACUCCCCACAGACCUGUCCCGUGCAAGACUACAAGGAGUACGCCCAGAGGCGGCCUCCAGCCAUGCGCUAUGAGGAUGCACCUUUUUACCUGUCAAUCAAACCCGUUGUCAACUUGGCUGCCCUUCACUGGUACAAUUGCCAAGCUCUGGGGAAAAAUAAGCUUGCCAAGAUGGUAAAGACAAUGUGUGAGAAGGGCAACAUCCCUGGUAGGAAGACCAACUUCAGCGUCUACCAGAGCUGUAGCACACUGUCAGAAGCUCAGAGCAACCAGCUUGUGCUGAUCUGCAAUAACUUGAGCCAGCAGGCUGCCCAGUCCAUGGCAAGCCAUACCAAUACUGGCAACUUCAUAGUGUCAGCAUCCUAUGACUCUUCCUCUGACACAGCUUGAAGGAGGGCUAUAACCUGGACAGAUUUUUCUCUUCUGUUUUGUUUGAAGCGUUGAGUUUGUGCCCGAUAACACACAUCAACUGUGAUUGUACACUACUCUCCCAUAGCCCUCUCUCCAGUGUUAAUUCACUUUAUAAAAAUAUAUAAAUAUAUAAUAUAUUUUUCUUUUUACAGAUCAGUCAAUAGAGAUAGUUUAGUAAUACUAACAUAGUAUUUAUAGUGUUAAUACAAAAAUGAAAGUCACUUAUGGGUUAUAUUAUAAUUACAGAUUUUAAAAGGACAAAAAUGGUUCUCAGGCAACACAAGAUAGGCUGGAAAUACCCUUUUUAACAUGCACACAUCAGUGACUGUAAUUCCCCAGGGAGACUUACGUAGCAAUUCUAUUUUAAAGCAUUUUUUUGACUUCUUAUUAUAACAUGGCCUCCUAGAGUGGAGGAGGCAAACCUACCACUGGCUGCUGCUUCUUACCUGCUGGCUUGAUCUUGAUCAGAAAUACAAGGAGAUAAGAGGUACAUCAAUGUAAGUCUGUGAAACCGUUUACAAGAAAUUUUCUGUGUUCUUUUGUUUUGGUUUGGUUCUUGGUUUUUGGUUUUUUCUUUGGUUUUUUUUUUUUUUUUUUUUUUUGUUGCCUGUUUUUGUUUGUUUGUUUCCUGAGGCUUAUUUAUGCCAGAUGGAAAAAAAAUCCCAAAGUCAGCAAGAGGCUGACUUCUUUAACUUUUGUUUUUGUUGAUUUUCUGUGAUCAGAAUGUCACUGGCAUUUAGACUGAAAAGUAUUGUUUUCAACAGUAAGCAAAGGUUUGUUGGUAAAAACAGCCGUAUACAUAAUUUUAACUGUUUAAGCACUUGUCAUUAGUGUUUUGUCACUGUGUAUACUUAAUGUAAAAUCUACUGACUUUGAUCCACUCUUUCCGUAUUCUUGGGGAUGUAGGUGUGCAGAAAAAUCCAUUAUCGUAUUCCAAACCAUCCAGAUAAAAUGCAUCAAAUCUGUCCUAAGCCAUUAUUUGAAAUCCACAAAAAAAAAAAAAAAAAAAAAAAAAAAAAAAACAUAGGGAGCAUAAGGAUAGUUUGAUAUUUUCUACAGAAGAUUAAAAAGAUGAGUAGUUUUAAGCACUAGAAAAAAAAUCAAAAUCACCUGCAUGUAAUCUGUUUUCAUUGCAGACAAUGGAACUUAUGCGUGUGAUUCUUAGGGCAGAAUUUGGUCCUUUAAAGCCUUGAAAUAAUGAAUGCUAUUGUUCCAAGAUUUGACUUUACAGCAUAAUUAUUCUAUAAGUACGGGAAAACACUAACAAAUUAAGUGUGUCAAUGAACCACUACAAUUCUUGACUUUUAAAAUGAUGUAUGGUACCUCUCUAGUAAUUCAGCUUAGUUUAUUCAGUGUUACAGAUGGAACUGUUCCACUAGCAUACUGCAGGGACUUGGUAAGUCUAUAGACAAGCCCCCUGACAUGGUAUGGUGUCCUCCAGAGUCCAUGAAGGACUCAUCCUCAGCUCACGUCCCAUCAAACUGUUAGUGAAGACUUUUUGUCUAUGUGUUUCUUUAAACUUCUUUGCUUUUAUUUCUUUACAUUCCUUCCUUUCUUUUAUGUUGCUUAAAUCUGCAACUGUGCAGUAACUUCAGUCAUCACUAAUUAAAAGAAAAAAAAGUGAAACAAAAGUAACAGAAAGAGAUAAAUGUAUCCCUCCUGGUGCCAUUUAAAACUUGUUUUCGAUGUUGCUGGAAUGAUAUGUGUAUUCCUGUGUAUGAGGGAGGUGGCAGAAUGCCACCUGUGUCUCCCUUAAUCCUCAAGGUCUGUUUUGGACAGGGGCUGGUUAGCAGAUAUCCCAUAGAAGGUUUGGGAGCACAGAUUUCCUCUCUAAUAAACAUCUGUCCUCCCAGGAAGCUUUGUGCAGGUGACACAGCCUGAUUGAUCGCUCUGUGCUCUGUGCAGCAGAGCUGGUAUAAAGCCUUGGUGCUGUGUGUGCUGGCUGCCCCAGGGUCUGACAUCUGCAACCCCUGAGAUGGCUGUCUCUUGGGGCUGCAAGGUAGGCACUGGUGUGACAGACGCUCAAAUUGCAAAGCUGUGCUUUUGUGGCUUGAUUCUGAGGCUUGAGACAAAGUGUUGGCACUUCUGAAAUAACUGCAGGCCCCUGUGACUGCUUUGUUGUGGCAACUCUGGUGAAGAUGACAGAGAGGGAAACACAGACGUCUGCUGCUUUGCUUCCAGAUGAGGCCAGACAGUUGAUUGCUGUGAGCACAGCCUUGUCCUUUCAUGGCAAUGCCUUACAUGUGAUACAAGUGAAAAUAAUUCUGCGAGGCUGAUGUUGCUCUCUGUAGGAUUUCAUUGCUGUUUGCUGCUGAGUACUCAAGGCACUGGUCUCUGUAUGCAGUGAGUGCUGGGGUGUCAUGCUAGAGAGCUCAUUCGUGAUGUUCUGUAGAGCUCCACAAGUGAGCUGUUAGAAAGUUUUGCUCUCAAUUUCCCCCUGUGCUCACCUCUUAACUGUUGCAGGACCUGAGCCAUGUUCCCUUCCUCUGCCACAGCACAAAGCCAGGUACCUGCUGGCCUUUGGGGAGCAGCACAUUUCAGCAUCUCUCCUCCUCUACACACUCAUCCCUCUUUGCUGGUAAGACUUGCCUUGAAGUUGUACAGAAAAGUAACUGCUCCGUGGUGUGGCUGUCUGCUGUCUCUUCUCAGACUCCACAAAACAUGAAACCAAACAAUCAAAUUUUUCUGUUAUGAUCACACCUAGGGCUUGGUUGUAAUAAACAGUUUCUCUGGUUAGGGCUUGUUGCUUCACAGUGGGCAGUUUUGUGUGGACUAAUAACUGUGGUAAUCCCACACAUUUUCUUGUCUUUGAGAAGGCAGAUCACUGGCUGCAGAUGUGCAGAGCUGCAUGUGGUCUGUAAUGUUCUGAUUCACAUCUACACUGCAGUUCAGCCCCAGCACAGAUCUUGACCUUGACUCCAACUCCACAUACUGUCCACAUACAGAGUUGCUUUCUUCAGUUUUAGGAUGGCUCGUGCCUUGCUGUGCUGAGGCAGUGUCUCUGAUAAUGUUGCAUGUCAGCAGCUUUUGCAUGUCUGGUUAGGCGGUAAGGUGCGGAUUAUGUGUUCUCAUUGCAGGAGCCUCAGCAUUACAGGGCUGUGUUUUCUCUGCUUUGUGGCGUCUGCAGUAACCCCAGCCCCCAGUGAUGCUGAUGGCAGAUUGCCUGACAAAUUCUGAUUGGGCAUCCCCAAAUAGACUAUAACUUGUAGAAGCAGUUAAGCACAUAUGGCCAAAAUAUGAUAGCGAAGUAGUAUCAUACUCCAAAAAUAGGUAUGUUAUCUUUGAAUGGCAUUUAGCACCACAUAUUACCCAGUCUUCACUUGUGGACAGUUGCGAGGAAUUGAAUGAUGACAGCAUAAUUAAUUACGAUCUGUAUUAAGCCCUUGGGAGUGUCAUUAACCCACUGGGAGGGAGAAUCAUAGAAUCAUAGAAUCGCUAAGGUUGGAAAAGACCCACAGGAUCACCCAGUCCAACCAUUCGCCCAUCACCAGUGUUUCUCGCUAAACCAUGUCCCUCAACACAACAUCCAAACGCUCUGUGAACACCACCAGGCUCGGUGACUCCACCACCUCUCCGGGAAGACUUCUGAUUUAAAACACUAUCAUAGUUUUGUCUCUGCUUGGCAGGAGUGUAGUGUCCCAGCAGCUGUGCUGCUACUGACAGAUGACAACCCAUUUGCUUGCUGUUGUCUUCCAGUGCUUUGAGAGUAUCAGAACCUGCUCACCAGUAAGUCUCAUGCUUACCAUCAUGGUGUGGAUGUGCCCCAGUAAAAAGCCAUAGGGGGAUAGUCAGGGGGCAGUGCUGCACUCUUACGAUCAUACAAUCAUAGAAUAACUUGGGUUGGAAGAAGCCUUAAAGAUAAUCUAGUCCAGUGCUCUUCCUGUGAGCAGGAUUGCUGACAACUAGAUCAGGCUGCCCCAGUUCCCAGCUAACACAGGCCAACCACAGCUUCUCUGGGCAACUGUGCCAGGGCCUCACCACCUUUUGAGUAAAGAAUUUCCUCCUAAUAUCUGAUCUGCAAGCCUUCAUCUCUCCCUAAGGCCUGGUGUGUCCUAAUGUAACUCUUGAUACCCACUACUUACCAUGAAAUCAAGAGGCCAGCUCUCAGAACAUCAUUCGGCUCCUAUACAGCAUAGCCCACGAAGUUGUGGCUGGGUGGGUCACUUGCAGAGAUACCCUGCAGGAAGAUGACAGUGCUUCUUUCUCCUCUCUCUUUCCUUUCCUAUUUUCCCAGCUUUCAGCUUUCUCUGAUCUGGUGUUGUCAAUGAGGUGCAACUAGCCCAGCAGAAAACAUAGCACAAAGGGGGAAAUCAAGAUAGUUCUCUCCCAGAUUACUGACUUGAUUCUGCUCAAAAAUUGAUGUGCAGCUCCAGUGGGAGAGGCAAAGGAGGAUGUUCCCUGUCUAAAGACUGCAGUUACUGCAGCUUUGGAAACCCAUCACAGGGAUAAUGCAGUGGGAGCACCUUCUGUGUAGUUUGCGUCUGUGUUGGUUGCCUUCCAAACCAUUACUUGUGCAUGUAUUUGUGACGCUGUGGGCUUGCACAAGGUGCUUCUAUGCACAACAGUAGCUGAAGCUGAAAUUCUCAAUAUCUGGGUUUUGCAAACUGCCUGUUUAAUUUUCAAAUGCAAAUUUAUGCAACAGAAUGUGUUUUUAAGUACAGGAGAAUGAAAUAAUGUUCUGAACUACCUUGUAGACUAAUUUAUGGAGCAUAUCUAAAACAACAGCACAUACCUUAUUCAUUUACACAGUGCAAUAAUUCUAUGAUAGCAUCCAUGCCAUUGGAAUAUAGGGCAAUCUAACAAUGGAAGUAGUGUCCCUGAUGCACAUUCUCCUUUGUGAAGAAUAUCAGUGCUUUCAAGCUAUCUUGUAUUUUUAUUUUUAGAAGCUGCUCAUUGCUAGUAUUCAGUCUACAGUGUAGUUGUUCUCCUAUUUCUCUUAGAAAGGAGUGUAGAAAAUGAGAUUUGAGCAGCAAGUUAUUUUGCUGCUUGCCCCUUCCUUGCCUGUUUGUAACUGUCUUCCACCACAGGUUGUGCAAGUGAUGUGUGAUGUGAAGACAUGGAUCAGGGAGAAUAGGUGUUGUGUCAUGGCAAAGCCUGGGCUGCCCCAGUCCUCAGAGCUGCCUUAAGGGAACUGAGGUUCUGUAUACUCUACAUUUCUUCCUUACCCAGCUCAUAUUUACCCUUUUUUGUCUCCCUGCCUGAGGACAUCCCGUAAGUGCACUGACUGACAUUGACUGACAUGGUGUGUGGGCUGGUUAUUCCUCCCGACCAUCAGCUGCAAGUGACUAUGGUUGACCAACUGGUCUUCCUCAUCUCCAGCAUCCCUCUCACCAUCUCUCCGUCCCUCUAACAUUCUUCUCUCCUGGUGUUUGUGACAUAGGGGAAGGGGACUGCUCUGUGGAGGGCAGCCCAGAGUUCCCUCCCUCCUAUCAAGUGACCUUGUGCUUUGGGGAUAAUGUGCUCAGGGCAGGCUGCCUCGCUCUGAGUGCAUGUGGUCUGUGGAAUACACCAGCACUCAGAAGCUCACAUCUCUUGUCUCCCAACACUCUGCCUUUCCCUUCUUCUCUGCUUUUUGUGGGAGUGCUUUCAAAUCAUAAAAGGAGAAUGGAACUCAGUGAUGUGUCGAGGGCCCAGUCUUGUGCCUGUGCACUGGCCUUCCGCUGUUGUCUUUAAACUGAGUAGAGAUGACUGAUCCUCCUCCAUACACACAUCCUGGACUGACGCCAGAGUGGAAACCAGUUUGUCUUAGGCAGUGUAGGCAAUAGGAAAGCAGGACCUCCUUGAUGCCCUAAGGCCAUUUGAAUGUAUGGGAAGGAGGAAUGCUGACGGGACGCAGAGCUGAGGUUUGAUUUGCCUGAAAUGAGCCAAUAUAUGCUAGGUUAGCGGGGAUUCAGCUGUGUACUACUAAGUGUGGCUGACAGUGGAUCUGUGCUUUUUAACGAGGGUUCUUUGUUAAACAUAAGCGUUAACAAGAUGGUUGUCUUGCCUAAUGUGACUUGCUGUCCUUGUUCUUAAAAAGGGGAUGUAUUUUCUUUUAUUUCUGUGCUUUCAUGUAAGUGCUGAAUCUGCAUGCUCUGCAGAGGAAGAGUGUGAAGAGAAGGCAGUCCAGCAUAAAGCAUGGCUAUCUUCCUAGCAGGAGAACUGGGACUGCACUUUCUGGGGAUGGCCCCCAUGCACUGAGCCUGCUUUGUAGCCAGGAGCGCUGGCACAUCAUCUGAUAUCUCCCACAUGUCUGAUGGCCCUGAGCAGGGUGAGCGUGGGUGUCACAGCACCUCUCCGAAAAAUCAGAGUCCUGGGCCAGCCAGGUAAGGCCACUGUGCUUCUGCAAGCUGAGCAGGGGAAGGCCACAAGCACAGUUCGGUGAUGGUGCUGUCCCUGUGUACAUGAUGGACAUAUGCAACUGGCACACAGGGCUGUGAUGUACUUCUGCAUAGGUUUUGGAAAGCUGAGGACCAGCAGGGAUGUGGAGGCUGGUUCUCCCUGAUACUCUACUGCAUAACGUUAGCUGGCAAUGGAGCGAUCCUUUAGAGGAAGACAGGUUUCUCAGAGCCCCAACAAGCAGUGCGGCUGCAUGGCUGCCAGCUCCACCAGUGAAACCGGGUGCUAGUUCCAUCCUGCCUCUGGGGCUCUGCUGAGGUUGUCCGCCAGCACAUCGACUCUUCUGAAUCCAGCGGAGCGGCACUGACUGCAGCACAGCGUGGGAAAGCCUCACAGCUUGGCGAUGUCUGUGAGCUUGCUGAAGAGUCUGACAACGGCCAUUCACUGGAAUAUAUUCAAAGCAAUGGGGAUGUCUAAAGCUUUAACUCCUAAUCCGAUGGGGAAAAAAUCGGUUUGGCACAAAAUUUACUUGUUACGUGAACUGGUGGGUUUUAACAGUCUCUAGAGUCUACGUCUCAAGUCAGGAAUUUAUUUCCUCUGUUUUCUCACUGAAUUGUUUAAUGUUGGUUGGUAAUACGGACAAAAUUUGUUGUUUUUUUUUUAAUACAAAUGCCAUUAAAUGAGCUGUCUGUGCAUUGGAAAUGGACCUGCUGUUUCCAGGGGAUUAAGACAUUUCUACCUUCUCUUUUAUUCUGGUGCUCAGCAUUCAUUACAUAGCAGUCACUGGUCUCUGAAAACAAUUCAGAUUUUUAUUUGAUCUGUUGUAGUUAAUAGAAGAUUUAUUCACAGUGUUUGGGAUUUUGUAUGGUAGAUGCUAACUUUGAUGCUAACUUCCAUGCUGCCUGGGGAUUCCCAACCUUUGGGAUUUUUGGCUGGCGCUGUUUUGUACAGUCUGUAAGCAUCAUGCAAAUAGCCAAACUACCAAGCAAGGGGAAAAAAAUCAAGGAAAUAUAAACUGUUCUUUACAAGUACUGUAUUAUUCUUACACUAGAAAAAAUAAACUCUUAACAUAAAUUUUACUGACACUGUCUUCACCAUUUCAGCUGUUCUUUUUGUGAACAGAGAAGACUCUGCGGUGUUCCUCAUGCCUAGAAUUUGAUCUGCUCUGUGAAGGCUUGUGAUCCUGCUGAGAUUGUCUUCUGCAUCAUUAUAGCAUGUUCUCAACUGGCCUAAAUCACAUGUAGCCUUAAGUAGCACCAGGUCUGCUCCAUAUUGCUCCUGCCAGGAUUCCUCCUUCCCUUCUACUGUGUUGCGGGAUGUGAAAGGCAGAGCAGAAAUACCCGCAGCACUCAAGACUUACACAGGCUGGCAUGGGGAGAAGUGAGAAGUGGAUGGCAGUGCCACAAGCCCAAGUGCUGCUGGUGGGCAGAGCUUGGUGCUGGCCCUGCAGAGCUCAGUGAGGAGUGCUCCUCUGGGCCUCAUGUUUCUACCCACCUUGUUGUCACAGAUGGGUCUGGGUCUGAAACGUGCAGCAGAGGACGUCACCCAGCCACUGCUUCAUUGUCAGGGCUCGUCUGUGCCUGCAUGACCCACAUACCUCUGGGUCAUCUCGAGACCUAUCAGGCAGAUCGAGUUAUUCAAGACAUAAAGAAAUGGCAAAAUAGCAGAGUGUAGUGAAGGUAAAUGGAAAGGCAGUGGAAAAGCCUGGCAAACGCAGUAGAAGUUUUUGUGCUUUUUUUUUCUAAAGAAGGCAAGCGUAAUCCUCAUCUUUAAGCCAUCCUUUAAUAUCCUACUUCGUUUUACACUGGAAUUAGAAAAUCUUUUCCAUUUGUUUUAAUUAUCUGCUGACUUUAAUUCUGCCUUUGAAAAACGUUUUUGCUAUGACAACCCCAGCUAUCGUGGUGAGUAGCGUUAGGGAAAAACAGCUGAAGUAAAGCUUUUAUCUUUCCCCGCAUGCAGCGUUUAAUCUUUCUAAUCUUUUAAUGUGAAUGUGUUUUCUCCCAUCCUGAAAAUUGACAAGAUUAGGACUCUCUCUCACAAAAUAGCAGUUCAAAAGCACGUUUUGCUUAAACAUAGCUAGCGCAGUACAUAAUCAACUAGCAAAGUGUGAGAAUUCCUGCAAGUGACCAAUUGAUUCUCAGAGUUGAACCUGUGUCUAAGGCUAACUUCCACAUGCCGACUUUUCUAGCUCUGCCUAAACUCAACUUUUUUAAGAACAGUUUUUAAAAAAUGUAGAUUUUAAUUCCUUUGUUUUAUAUAAAAAGGCUGUUAAAAGAUCCACUGUUUUGCCAAACAAUUAUAUUUCUAUGCAUUGUGUCAUUCGGUGGUGUUGCUGUUGAGAUUUUGCAUGUUUUCUGGACGUUCUGACAUCCGUACAUUUAUGUGCUACUUGUAGAAAUGCUAACCAUUGCUGCUGUGAUCACCACCGCUGAAAAACUGAGAGCUGUACUAAGAAGCUGUGCCAGUCAGCAGGUAUUUCUGUGUGUGUCACAGUAAAUCUCUGCGUUAGGAUGUUGUUUCCUGUGUUAAGCCAGUGCUCAGUGCCUUCUGGAGGAGGAACCAACAUGUUGCAGUAGGCUGGAGGUGCUGAACGUCUCGUGUCUUCUUUGGAACAGCUGAUCACUUAUCAGCUUGAUGCUUUAAAAAAAAAGUAUUAAAAAGCCACUUGAAUUCUCCAUCUUCCUUUGAGGCUUCUUCUCAUCAAUUCUAAUUUGGAAUAAAAAAAAUAAAGAUGCCCAACCAACGGCCUUGAUGAAGCUAAAGGCUCCUGCAGCCAUCUGCCAGCUGUGAAUGUGGGGGGCAAGGGGAGAUGUGCAGCACCCAAACGUUCCUGUGUGUAGCAGAUCCGGCGAUCAGCCAAGCCUGUGAGAGCUGUUGUGGAGCUCGCUAAAAAAUGCCUGCUAAUGAAAACAAUCCUCUAAUUACUGUAAGAAACUGCCAGCUCUCCUAGCAGCUGUGAGCCUGCUCCUGUAAACAAGUGUCAGCCUGGUCAAGUGGCGGAUUCCAGUCCCUUUCCCACCUCUGUUGGAGCCACACUUUGCUGCCAAAUGAGCCUUGGAUGAAAUUCAAGCCCAAGAUUUUUGGCCUCAUUCUUUCCAAUUGCUUUCAUGGCAGACGGGCUCUGUUUAUCAAAAUUCUGACACUGCAUUUUCAGCUCCUUCUCCACCUUCCCCUUAGAAUCUGGCAGUAUAGCAGAUACGCGCAUACACAGAAUAAAUUCUGACUUCACUGAGGUUUUGACAGGCUGAAAUCAUACCAUAUUGUAUUUGUACAACAGAAACAAGCUGUGGGGAAAGGCGUGAUCUGUCACAGAUCCCUGCCGCCAGGCACGGUCAGCUGCACCUGGUAUGCUCUGGAAGUACUGUCAUGUGGAAGCAAUGAAAGGCUGUAGCCAUCAGUUCUGCAUCUCUGCUGACAGGUCAAAGCCUUCUAAAUAUCUUGAAAAGUUUUUCAAAUCAGAAUACCAAGUCUCCAGAAAAACAAAAACAAAAACAACAACUGUGUGACUGGGACAUUAACAGUGAAUUGAAUUCAUCCUUACUGCUCUGACGCCAUCUCUGCACCUCUGUGCAAGGCAGUUUAUAGCCCUUGGUGCGCAAAAUGCUUCCCCCAGAAUAGAGUUUAUGUGACAAUUUUUAUAGUUGCCGUUCCUUUUUGUUACACCUGGUACAUUUACAAAAAGCAGUAUUGCAAGGUGCAGCCUGGACCACCCUGAAAGUCUGUCCAUGUAGUAGUCCUCUCCCACAAACUGAUGGAUUCAAGGUGCAGCCUCGCCCCAAAUACUGUGUGCGUUUCUGGGCUCUACGAUAAACAAGUGAUAUUUAUGGUCCGUGAAACAGCCCAGAGGACAGCAAAAAAGCUGGUAGAAGGUCUGGAAGGCACAUCCUGUGAGGAGAGCUAGACAGACCGGAGUUGUCCUGUCUGGAGGAGGCAGAGAAGUUCUCACUGCUCUGCAGCACUCUGAGGGGACGCAGAGGGACAUGCUGGGCUCUGCUCCCCGGUGGGACAGAACACAAAGGAAUGGCACACAGCUGCACCUGGGCAGGAUGAGACAAGGCACUGGGAAGCAUCUUUUUACCGUGAGGGUAGUCAAACACUGGAAUAGGCUUCCUAGAGGUGACUGAUGCCCCACAGCUGUCAGUGGCCAAGGGGAAUUUGGGCAAUGCUCUCAGUAACGUGCUUUAACUGUUCAUUAGCAAUUGAACUUGAUGUCGAGUGAAGGUCUCUUCCCACUGAGUCGUUCUAAACAUUCCUAGAACAUUUCUGAAGAUCUCAACCGUCCAACAGUGAUAAGGAUGCUUGAGGUCUUUUGCAGUACCUCGGAUCCCAUCUCCUGGAUGGAAUAAGGCCCUCCUCAGAAACAAAGGGCCUUUAUUGCUCUAAAAUCCAAUGGCUUCUUCACAGAAUCCUAUGCAACCUAACCAUACUACCCUAACUCUAACAACCCUCCUCCAAAUCAUCUUCAGGUGCUUUCUGCCAGCUGAGACCAGCUGCAAUGAGCUUCUCUGUUGCUUUUGGUCUCUAGCGGCCAUGUACACGUGAACACUUCUCCACCAGUGCAGUGAGGAGUUUCUGCUCCACAGAACUCCUGCCUGCAUGGCCCUAAUAUUAGGUAUGCAAGCCAGUGGCAGAGAGUCUUAUUCCUUGCCUUUCUUCUCUUUAUAGCUAAGUCUUAGUCUUCCAGUCCAACCAAUUGCAGAAACUGACUUACCAAUUGCAACCUACUACAGGGAACCUGCUUUGGAGUGGAGGAUCUCCAGAAGUCCCUUCCAACCCCUGUAAUCCUGUGAUUCUGCGAUUCUGUAAUUGGUAAUUGGCCAUCAUAGCUCCUUACCACACACUGACCCAAUCUGCCAAAAGGUGUGUCAGGUUCCUGGAGAACUGCAGUUGUAUAUUCCCAUCUUCAGUUUGGCUGCAGAUACGUCCACACUGCCUUCAGCUUAGAUUUGAAUCAGAAAAGCAACCAGUGCCAUUUAUUUAGCUCACUGCAUGCUGGAAAUCCAGUUGUUGAUCUACAGAUGCAGACGUGGCGUUGGGUUUUAGCCUGCUGCCUGCGGUGUGUCAGCAGUUUUCCUGGCAUUUGCUCAUUUUUCACCACAGCUCGCUGGUUUCAAAAAGCAAAUGGGCUGAUGUUAAUGCUGUAGUGGAUUAGAUGCCACCGCCCCAUCAGUGCGAUGCCUUCUGUGUACAUGUUGUCCGUCAUAAGCUCUUGUAAUUGCAUUUUGUCCUAAGUGCACUGUGGUGCAGGAAAAGCUUUUUGCUUUUUAUUAUUACUGUCAAAUAAUAAAAUAAAACCCUGCUGCAUUUCUGUCUGUGCUGCUGAAAGGAGACAAGAGAGAAUUUAUCCAUCCAAACCACACUGGAAUUUGGGGACUAACUUAGGUUUCUUUGGAGCCCUUUGCAAGCCCCAGUUGUAAUCCACUAUAUUAGGCAGAGAUGUUAACAUGAGGAGUGAUACAUUUCUAACACUAAAAAUGCAGUUUUUCUGUGGGACCUUCUCAUACUGACCUCUUGCCUCUGCAUUUGGGAAUUUAUAUAUAUAUCUGUUUGUUAGGGGAAAGGAAGAUAUGAAUACAUUUUAAUGCAUUAGGCUUUGCAAAUCCAGAAUAUCUGAGAGAGAGAGAGGGGAGGCUUACUGGAUUUUUUUUCUGAAGACAUCAGAAAAAAUUGUCAACCCCAGUCCUCGUUCAGAGCUACCUGUUCAACUUCAAACCCAACUCAUUCUGGAUCUGAAAAAAAAAAAACAUGAAGGCCUGGAAAAAAAAAAAAAAAAAGAAAAAGUCCUCACUGGUGUAAAUGAGGAAAGAUUCCACAGCCUUCUUCAGCCCCAGGCCCCCCAGCUGGGUUCCCAGGUCUGCCAACCCUUUCACUUGAUGGCUGGGUAGGUUUUAACUCACGUGGAUGCCAUGUUGCUCUUUCUGCAGCAGAUUUCUAAGAAGCAAGCUUCAGAUUGCUUAGGAUGCUUGAGAACAAUAUCAUCAUCAGUGUCAUGACACUUUUGUGCCAGCUGUACUUUCUUCCCCCGCUGCAAAAUGCUCCAAUCCUCCUUACUGGGGGUGGAGUAAAGAGAUGCUUUACUGCCGUCUGUUGCACCACACUUCAGCCAGAUGGCUUCCCUAAAAAAAUGCUCCUGAUAGUCGUGACUGACUAUAAAAGUUUAUUAAAGAAGACAGUAAAAUCAAGAGGUUUUUUUUUUUUGCUUGUUUUUUUGCUUGUUUUUUAAUGGUCUGGAUUUCAUCCCUUGCUCACUUAUCCAAUAAUUGGGCUUUUCUGAAGCGUGAGUUCACUCGUGUGUUAAUUGGAGUAUUCACUUUCACCAAUCUGCAAAUUCCAGAGACACUCUGAUCUUUAUCAGGCUUCAGCUCUGUUUUUAUCCCCCUGUGAUAAUCUUUAACAUGUCUGGUUCUGCUGCCUUAGAGAUUGAUUUCACCGCCCGUACGACGUUUGCUACUGUUGUAGUGUGACUUUUUAUUUCUGUUUUUUUAAUAUUUGCAUUGGUACAGCCUUAAACUUACAGAAUUAAAAAUCAUUUCAGAGAUAAUCGAGAUAGUCAUUGAUGUCUGUGAUAAGUGCAUGCUUUAUUCACAGUAUUUUGUCUGUAAUUAGGUGUAGCGGCCGAUUCUCAUAUAUUUAAUAAACUGUCUUCUGCAAA